AUGGUCGACCUGUCGUGUGUGUGCGUGUGUGUCCAACACAAGACAAAACACUUUCUCUCCUCCUCCUCCUCCUCCUCCUUCUCCUCCUCCUCUUCCUCCUCCUUCUCCUCUUCCUUCUCCUCCUCCUCCUCCUCCUCCUCCUCCUCGUCUCCCUCGCCGCCCCAUCCCACAGACUGGUGGAGUGAGUCGUUCACAGUGGCAGCCUGGAGUGUUCGUCCCCUCUUCGACAAUCCGAGGAGCAACCGACCGGAACGCAAGAGGUCGCUAAUGACUCGGGAACUAGCACUGAGCGAAACCCGGUUGUCCGAACAAGAUCAACCGGAGGAGAUGGGUGCCGGCUGCACCAUCUUCUGCAACGGUUGCCCCAAGGCAGAGCGAUGGGACGCGGGUGUCACCUUUGUCAUCCGGGACGACAUCUUGGAACGACUGCCCUGUCUACCUCAGGGAAUCAACAACAGCCUGGUGAGCCUCCGCCACCCUCUCCAGGGAUGCAACUUCAGCACCAUCGUCAGCGUCUACGCUCCCCCGAUGACCAGCCCUGACGUUGCAAACAAAUUCUACGAGGAGGUGCACAGUCUCCUGGCGACUGUGCCGAAGGCGGGCAAGUUUAUUGUCCUUGUCCAACGGCCGCGGCAGCACAGACCAUGCUGA